UACUGUAUUUACCGAGAACUAUAAAAGGAUGAGGAAAAUACAGUAUCGGCGCGAUUUCUUUGGAUUAAAUAAAAGACACAUCAACUACAUAUCAUCUCUUCCAUCAGAAAUCGUCACAACCACUUUUUCAAACUCUGUUUUCCCUCUUUGUUUUGUUUAAUAGAGCGAUCGUAUUGCAAAGGAAUGCGAUAUAGAAAUUAUUCGUCUUCCAAAACUACAAUGUAGUCCUAAUCCAAUCGAACUCUCAUGGAAUAAUCUUAAACAGUUUGUUCAUGAUCAAAACGCAACAUGUCGUCAAGAUGAUGUAAAACAAUUGAUUGAGCAGUUUAUGGUAGCAAUGGACGACAAACUUGCAAGCUCAUAUUUUCAUCAUGUUUAUAAAGUUGAAGAGAUGCAUAAAACCGCAGAUGAAAUAAUGGAAGAGAAAGUCGAACCCGCUUUACAAUCUGACAGUGAAGAAACAGAUUCUGGUGACAAGGAGGAAAAUAUGGAACAAUAG